CAGCAAUGCAUGUUUGAAUUCCAUGGCACGACUCGGGCAUGUGUCUAUCCUCUUGCUUACAGGUAGGUCUGCAGCCCAUCAGAUAUAUUAACAUGGCCUGUUCUCUUACAAAAACAACUUGCUACUUCCAUCCUGCACAAUCUUCCAAACACGUUCCGUGCUGGCAGCUCACCUCAACCAUUACACGUCCAACGGCUUUACUGCCUCAUUUCAGUUCUACUGACUUCCUUCAUACCUACCACUAUGUCUGCUCUCCUUCGUGACGCCCCUGUAGGGCAGCUCAUCCGAUGGGUUACACGAAAUAAAUACCUCGCAUAUCCUGAAGAAGACCCAAACUUUCGAUGUCCUGGUUGCUACCAAAAUGAGUCCAAAGGUUUCGAAUCUCAAGCAACCACUCCUGAUGUUACGUCGCCCGAGCUUGAAAAAGAAGCAGAAAUGCCAGCAGGGCCGGCAGGACCGCUGAGACAAGAUGCCCUCACCAAAGCCGAAACAGCAAUAGAUCGUGAAUCAAUGUCUGCAAUGUCUGAAAGGACGCUGUCCAAGAUCAUGACUCGACCUGAACUAAGCAACAUCCACACCCGCACCGAUCUCGAACAAGCCUACACCAACGCCACACGACAAGAGACGUUGAAACAGCAGGCUAGUCGUCCGAUUCAGCCUCAAGUCACCUCCGACGGCAUAAUCCUGGUCGACUGGUACACGACUGAUGAUCCUGAGAACCCUCAAAACUGGUCGCGGGGCAAGAAAGGGCUCGUGGUUCUGCAAAUCUAUCUCUACACCCUAGCAGUAUACAUGGGAUCUGCCAUUUUCACACCCUCAGAACCAUAUAUCAUGGAAAAGCUUGGUGUUUCCGAACAAGUGGCUUCACUCGGCCUGUCGAUGUACGUGCUGGGCUACGGACUUGGUCCUCUGCUGUGGUCACCACUCUCCGAAAUACCAAUUAUCGGACGAAACCCGCCAUACAUGAUCACUCUGGGUAUCUUCGUUAUCCUGUCCAUCCCGACUGCCGCGGUCAACAGCUUCCCGGCCCUAGUGGUUCUGAGAUUUCUGCAGGGCUUCUUCGGCAGCCCAUGUCUCGCCACAGGAGGUGCUUCGAUUGGAGAUAUCUACUCCCUGCUUAAGAUGCCCUAUUUCUUGACGGGAUGGGCUGCAUGGGCUACCGCAGGACCGGCUCUCGCUCCAAUUAUCAGCGGUUUCUCUGUCCCUGCCAAGAACUGGCACUGGUCGCUGUGGGAGAUAGUGUGGCUGGCAGCUCCCGUCUACAUUUCUCUCCUGUUCCUCUUGCCAGAGACGUCCGCCUCGAAUAUCCUGCUCCGCCGCGCUAACCGCCUACGCAAAGCCACAGGCAACCAGCAACUCAAGUCUCAAUCGGAGAUCGACCAGGCCAAGAUGAGCGUCAACCAUAUCAUUGUCAGCAACCUCUGGCGACCCGUACAGAUCAACGCUCUCGACCCCGCAGUGCUGUUCACCAGCUUGUACACCGCGCUCAUGUACAGCAUCUUCUACUCGUUCUUCGAGGUCUUCCCGCUCGUGUACGCGACAGGCAACCCGGGCAAGGCCACCCACGGCUACGGCAUGAAUGCGGGUGAAAUAGGGUUGAUCUUCUUGAGCAUCACCGUGGGUGUCUCGAUCGCAAUCCCCACGUACAUCUUGUACCUGUGGUAUGUCUUCGAGCCGGAAGUCAAGACGAUUGGUUUGGGCGAGCCUGAACGACGACUCAUCCCCGCUUUAUUCGCCAGUCUCUUGUUGCCCAUUGGACUAUUCAUCUUUGGCUGGACCGCAAACAACAGUCCCAAGAUCCAUUGGAUCGUGCCGACUAUUGGUGUCGUCAUUUUCACCAUCGGGAUCUUCAUCCUCUUCCAAUGUAUAUUCAUAUACAUCCCCCUAACGUACCCUCAGUACGCGGCCUCGUUGUUCGCGGGUAACGAUUUCGCGCGCUCGUCCGUCGCCGCUGGAGCCAUUCACUUCUCUCGACCGAUGUUCCAUAACCUCGGUGUUGGACCCGGUGUGAGUCUGCUUGCCGGUCUGACGGUCGGUGGUAUCAUUGGUAUCUUUACGCUGUGGAAGUUCGGCGCAGCGUUGAGAGCGAGGUCGAGGUUUGCGGCGAAAUAGGUGACCUGCUGCGGUGUACGAUAUACAAUGGGCUACUGAGUGUCGCGAAACGAUGCUAUGAGCAAGGACAACGUCAGCUUGGUAGUUUGUACUAAUAACUUGCAUUGCAUGGCGAUGGCGUGGAAAGCAUGCAUCCGAACCUCGCUGAAUUGGGGCCAGCGACUAUGUUAGAAUUGGAUUUGGAGUAAUACAUAUAGACAUAUAGUGACGCAUCACUGCUCAUUUGCCUUGGC